CCUUCCUUCCUUCCUUCCUUCCUUCCUUCCUUCCUUCCUUCCCUCCCUCCCUCCCUCCCUCCCUCCCUCCCUCCCUCCCUCCCUCCCUCCCUCUGUCCUUCUUAUAUAUCUUACUUCCACCCAUCUAUCUUUACCUCCCUCAUUCCUUCCUCCUUGUCUUCCUUCCUUCUUUCCCUCUGUCCUUCUUAUAUAUCUUACUUCCACCCAUCUAUCUUCCUUCCCUCAUUCCUUCCUCCUUGUCUUCCUUCCGUCCUUCCUUCCCUGCUUGUGUUUGUUGAAUCACCUUUGAACCACAGCAAGUUUAUGUUUCUGUUAUGUUCACCCAAAGCAUCUGAAUUCAUUCCUCUUUCCUUCCUUCUUUCCUUCCUUUCUUCUCUCCUUUUUUGCCUUUAUUCCCUCACUCGUUCUUUUCCUUUGAUCCACCCUUUUGUCCUUCUUUUCUUCCUUCCUUUCUUCUGUCCUUCCUAUAUACCUUCCUUCCCUCAUUCCUUCCUACUUUCCUUCCUUUGAACCACCGCAAUUUUUUUUGUUAUGUUUGCUGAAAGCAUCUGAAUUCAUUCCUUGUUUUUAUGAAUCUGUGACCGCUUUGGCUGGUUUCCGUGUGUGUGUGUCCUUGAGCUACUUCAUGUCUCUGUGUCUUGGCAUUGUCAUUUUCAACAUGAUCCAUGAAGGCAAACGAGGAUAAUGUUGGAGGUAAAAGGGGUUUGGGGCUUCGUGUUUAACCUUUUGCUUCUCCUUUCUUGAGCAGGGCCCCAUCCAGCCUCUGUUUGAAAGCCUCCAAAGAAUCCUCCACUACACUUUGAGGCAGAGAGUUCCAGUGCUGAAAAGCUCUUCCAGUCAGGAAGUUUUUCCUAAUGUUGAGAUGGAAUGUCCUUUCCUGUAAUUUGAACCCAUUGCUGCAAGUAAUCAGAAAGAGGAAAACAAGUGUCAGGUGUCCAUAUUAGAAUUAAAUGUGUAUGACACUGUCAACAUGGAGGAGAAAGCCUAUACAUGUAUUAAAUGUGGAAAGAGCUUUAGUCAGCAUGGAAAGCUGAAGAUACAUCAAAGGACUCACACUGAGGAAAACCCCUAUAAAUGUCUAGAGUGUGGAAAGAGCUUCACUCGUAGUUCAGGUCUAAGAUUGCAUCAAAGGACUCACACUGGGGAGAAACCCUAUAACUGCCUGGAGUGUGGGAAGAGCUUUGCUCACAAUGGAGCCUUUCGUUCACAUCAAAGGAUUCACACUGGAGAAAAACCCUUUAAAUGCCUGGAGUGUGGACAGAGCUUCUCUGAGGGAGGAAAUCUACGUAGACAUCAAAGAACUCACACUGGGGAGAAACCCUAUACAUGCCUGGAAUGUGGACAAAGCUUUGUUCAUAGUGCAAGUCUAAUUUUACAUGAAAGGAUUCACACUGGGGAGAAACCCUACAAAUGCUGGGAGUGUGGACAGAGCUUCACUCAUAGUACAGACCUAAAAAGACAUCAAAGGACGCACACUGGGGAGAAACCCUAUAAAUGCCUGGAGUGUGGACAAAGCUUCAUUCGUAGUUCACGUCUACGAUCACAUCAAAGGACUCACACUGGGGAGAAACCCUAUAAAUGCCAGAAGUGUGGACAGAGCUUCACUGAAAGUGGAAGUCUAGGUGUCCAUCAAAGGAUUCACACUGGGGAGAAACCCUAUAAAUGUGUAGAGUAUGGACAGAGCUUCACUUAUAGAUCACGUCUACAUAAACAUCAAAGGACUCACACUGAGGAGAAGCCCUAUAAAUGCCUGGAGUGUGGACAGAGCUUCACUCAGAGUGGAAGUCUACAUAAACAUCAAAGGACUCACACUGGGGAGAAGCCCUAUAAAUGCCUAGAGUGUGGACAGAGCUUCACUCGGAAGGGAAAUCUACAUUCACAUCAAAAGAUUCACACUGGGGAGAAACCCUAUAAAUGCCUAGAGUGUGGACAGAGCUUCACUCGGAAGGGAGAUCUACAUUCACAUCAAAGGACUCACACUGGGGAGAAACCCUAUAAAUGCCUAGAGUGUGGACAGAGCUUCACUUAUAGAUCAGGUCUACAUAGACAUCAAAGGACUCACACUGGGGAGAAGCCCUAUAAAUGCCUGGAGUGUGGACAGAGCUUCAUUCAGAGUGGAAAUCUACGUGUCCAUCAAAGGAUUCACACUGGAGAGAAACCCUAUAAAUGCCUGGAGUGUGGACAGAGCUUCAUUCAGAGUGGAAGUCUACGUUCACAUCAAAGGACUCACACUGGGGAGUAACCCUACAAGUGUCUGGAGUAGUUGUUCUCAACCUGUGGGUCCCCGGAUGUUUUGGCCUUCAACUCCCAGAAGUCCUUUCAGAUGUAGGCCAAAACACCUGGGCACCCACAGGUUGAGAACCACUGGUCCUGAGUGUGGACAGAGCUUCUCACAGGGUUCAUAUUUACAUUGACAUAGAAUUCACACUGGAGGGAGUGGUGAUAAUUGAUAUCAGAAAGUCUUUCUAACAAGUACAAAAACAACACUUGGAUGUCAGAAAUGCAAGCACAAAGUUGGGACAUUUGAUCAGAUGUGGUGCAUUGUAGAAAUAUUGAGCUAAAAUGCAUUCUAUCAUGGAAACAAUUAAGGCUAAAUGAAAGCAUCGUUUUAUUUGUUCAGAA